CAAAUAAGUAAUAAUUAUUUGUUAUCAUUAAAAAUGAGGAUUGUGAUUCGAUAAAAAGUGGUAUAAAAUCAUAAAAAAACUUCAUAUUUGCAAACACCAAAACCAACCACGAGAAGAGAUCUCGUUUCCUCUCUCAAAUCUCAAAGAGUAGUUGAAAAUGGGUCUGUCAUUCACGAAGCUGUUUAGCCGGCUUUUCGCGAAGAAGGAGAUGCGUAUACUUAUGGUCGGUCUCGAUGCCGCUGGUAAGACCACCAUUCUGUAUAAGCUCAAGCUUGGAGAAAUUGUCACCACCAUUCCCACCAUUGGGUUUAAUGUGGAAACUGUGGAGUAUAAGAACAUCAGCUUUACUGUCUGGGAUGUUGGAGGCCAGGACAAGAUUCGUCCUCUGUGGAGACAUUACUUCCAAAACACACAAGGGCUUAUUUUUGUUGUUGAUAGUAACGAUCGAGAUCGUGUUGUUGAAGCUAGGGAUGAGUUGCACAGGAUGUUAAAUGAGGAUGAGUUGAGAGAUGCUGUGCUUUUAGUUUUUGCAAACAAACAAGAUCUUCCAAAUGCUAUGAAUGCUGCUGAAAUAACUGAUAAGCUUGGUCUUCAUUCACUUCGUCAGCGUCACUGGUAUAUCCAGAGCACAUGCGCCACUUCUGGCGAAGGACUUUAUGAAGGUCUUGACUGGCUCUCAAACAACAUUGCAAACAAGGCUUAGUUAUUGUUAGUAAUGGGCUGCAUGAAGUUCAGUUGAGAUUAGAGAUUUAUGAUUUCAAAUGUUUGAAUGUGGUUACCCUGUUUAAAAUUUUACCAGCUCUAGCAUGUAUUGUUUCAUUUGUUUUUGAAAAAGAACAAACGUACCUAGUAGGUUUAAUACAUUUGCAAUUGUUUUUCCGUGUAUAACCUAAAAUCAUUGUUUCACCCAUUGAUCUGUGUGGUCAAUUAACUCAUUGAAAGCUUUUACAUUUAUACAUGA